CCGCAGCUUCAAUUGCAUUCCCUCGAUCACCACUACUAACGACAUCAAACGCUCUACCUCGCGCACGACAACUGGUAUCGCACCUCACACGACCACAACACGUCGCGCUCUCCAAGACUGCCUUCAGAAUGGACAAGGACCAGAGCCGUGGGGAGUCAACGACGGGAAUCUCAGAGUGGAAGCAGCGCGCCCCGUACCGCAUCCACGAGAAGAAUGACGACUUUGACGUCAAAUACGAGGCCAACUGCCACUGCGGAAAGGUCAAGUACCAGCUCAGCCGGAGAGAGCCCCUAGACAGCAAGCUCUGCCACUGCACUACAUGCCAGACGCAGCACGCUGCACCCUUCCAGUGGGCGGCCAUUUUCCACAAGACAGACAUCAACUUCACGCACGGCCACCACAACCUCGAGUGGUACGACCCGACGGAGAAAUCGAUUGAGCACAAGCUGCCCUGCAAGGUGCGCUGCUCGUACUGCCACUCGCCCAUCAUGGACGAAGGCCGCAACAUGAUUCUGCUGUUCCCCUCGCUCGUGCACCUCAAGACGGACGAGGACAAGGCCUACUUCAAGCCCCGCUGCCACAUGUUCUACGGCCAGCGCGUCAUGGACAUCCCCGAUGGCCUGCCCAAGUGGAGCGGCCUGAGCGGCGAGUCGGAUCUCAUCGAGGAUAGCCCGCCGGACAUGGUGAGGGACCAUGAGCGUAAGCGCGAAGAUGAGCGCAAUCAGGAGCUGGAGAAGGGCAAGCCUGAUGAUGUGACGCAGGAGGGCACCAAGCAGGGUAGGAAGGAGGGCGCGGGCUCGAAUACGACUUGAGCGUGAGGAGCUUGCAAACCCUUGGCUGGCAAGGGCGUUGCUCUUGUACCCAUUUCGAGGCCGUUAAGCAUUAUCCCAUGAUAUGGACUGUAUGGACUGUCCAGGCUCCGCAGAAGGACAUGACGAAAGCGGAGUUUUGGCGAAAAAAGUCUGGAAAGACAAAAGAUAGCACACGAGCGGAUAGGAUACCCGAAUGACGAUGAUAACCAAC